AGACGAGAGGGAGGAGGAGGUCGACGAGGAGCGAGCGGGGCGAGUCGCGAGUGGGAGCAAAAGAGGAGGUGGUGGUGACGAGGUGGAGGGCGAGUGAGCGAGAAGUGGGGCGAGCCGUGGUUAACAGGCGAGCAUAGGAGAGACGAGGAGGAGGAGGUGGUGAGGGAGAAGUGUGACGAGGAAGAGUGGGAGACGAGGUGGGGUAGCGGUCGAGAAGGUUUGACAGGGGAGGAGGCAACGCAGACGGGGGUUUACGAGUGGGUGACGGAGGGAGGAUAGAGGUGACGAAGAGGAGGAGGUGGGAGAUGAUGAGGUGGUAAGGGGGGAGGUGGUGGUGACGUGACGAGGUGACAGGAGGAGCUGACGAGGUGGAGGAAGAGGAGGCCGCGCCUUCUCGUCUCCGUGGCUCCAUGGCGGCAGACGACGGCAGCGUCCGGGUCAGCCUGAGGAUUCGUCCCCAGCUGGCCAAGGAGAAGAUCGAGGGAUGCCACAUCUGCACGUACUUGACCCCCGGCGAGCCCCAGGUGGUGCUGGGCAAGGACAAGGCCUUCACGUUCGACUACGUCCUGGACAUGAGCUCGACGCAGCAGGAGAUGUACGCGUGCUGCGUGCAGCAGCUCAUCGAGGGCUGCUUAGAGGGCUACAACGCCACCGUGUUCGCCUAUGGCCAGACGGGCUCGGGCAAGACGUACACGAUGGGCACGGGGUUCGACGUGGCAGUGCAGGAGGAGGAGCACGGCAUCAUCCCCCGCGCCGUAGCCCACCUCUACGCCGGCAUCGAGCAGCGCCGCCAGGAGGCCCUGCAAAAUAACCUUCCACCGCCCGACUUCAAGAUCAGCGCCCAGUUCCUCGAGCUGUACAACGAGGAGGUGCUGGACCUGUUUGACGGGACGCGAGACGUCGAAUCCCGCAACCGCAAGUCCAACAUCAAGAUCCACGAGGACGCGGCCGGCAGCAUCUACACGGUCGGCGUGACCACGCGUGCCGUCGCCACGGAGGAAGAGAUGAUCCAGUGCCUGAAGUUAGGCGCCCUGUCGCGCACAACCGCCAGCACGCAGAUGAAUGUGCAGAGCUCCCGCUCGCACGCCAUCUUCACCGUGCACAUCUGCCAACAGCGUGUGUGCCGCUCCAAACCACAGGACGCGGAGGAGGACAGCAACAGCGUGGAGGCCUCCUCCUCUGCCCCCAUGAAUGAGCUCGAGGUGCUCACCGCAAAGUUCCACUUUGUGGACCUGGCGGGCUCCGAGCGCCUCAAGCGCACGGGCGCGACGGGGGACCGCGCCAAAGAGGGCAUCUCCAUCAACUGCGGCCUGCUGGCGCUGGGAAACGUGAUCAGCGCGCUGGGCGACCAAAGCAAGAAGGCGACGCACGUUCCAUACCGCGACUCGAAGCUUACGCGGCUGCUACAGGACUCUCUCGGGGGAAACAGCCGAACGCUUAUGAUCGCGUGCGUGAGCCCAUCCGACCGGGACUUCAUGGAGACGCUGAACACCCUGAAGUACGCGAACCGCGCGCGCAACAUCAAGAACCGCGUGAUGGUGAACCAGGACAAGACGAGCCAGCAGAUCGGUGCGCUGCGCGCCGAAAUUGCACGAAUCCAGAUGGAGCUCAUGGAGUACAAAACGGGCAAGCGCCUGGUCGGGGAGGACGGCGUGGAGAGCCUCAACGACAUGGUGCAGGAGAACGCCAUGCUGCAGGCGGAGAACGGGAACCUGCGCAUGCGCAUCAAGGCCAUGCAGGAGACGAUCGACGCCCUCAACGCGCGCAUUGCCCACGUGCUCACGCAGCACGCCAGCCACGCGCUGGCCGGUGCAGGUGACGGCAGCGAGGAAAUUGGGUCCAUGAUCCAGAGCUACAUCAAGGAGAUAGAGGACCUCAGGGCUAAGCUCCUGGAGAGCGAGGCGAUGAAUGGCUCGCUGCGCCGGGAGCUGACCCGCGUGUCCACCUCGCGCUCGCCCAUGUUCGGCGGAGCCGCGUCGCCCGCUGCCUCCCUGGGGGCCCCCUCGGGGGCCGUGGCGGGGCCCUACGGAGUGACGCCCGACCGGGAGAUGCAGGAGGUCCUAGAGGUGGCUCGCAAAGACCUGGAGAAGCUCAAGAAGAAGGAGAAGAAGCAGAGGAAGAUCAGGCUAAAGAAGGAAGGAAGACACGGCCGUCUGUCGGCGCGGAGCCUGGAGAAGCGAGGCGAUGCGGGCGAAACGGAGAAACGGGAAGGCGAGCACGACGAGAGGACUCGCGACAACCGCGAGGCGGAGGAGGAAGCGGAGGAGAGCGACCGUGAGAACGGGGAGAAGGAGGAGGCGGAGGAGGAAGAGGAGGAGGACCUAGACUCUAGCGACAGCUCCGAUGAGUCUGACUCAGAGCUGGAAGAGAAAGCCAACUACCAGGCGGACCUGGCGGACAUCACGUGCGAGAUUGCCAUCAAGCAGAAGCUGAUCGACGAGCUGGAGAACAGCCAGCGCCGGCUGCACACGCUCAAGCAGCAGUACGAGGAGAAGCUCUCGACGCUACAGAACAAGAUCCGCAACACGCAGCUCGAGCGCGACCGCGUGCUGCACAACCUGGGCUCCAUGGAGAGCCACACGGAGGACAAGGCCAACAAAGUGCGCGUGGAGUAUGAGAAGCGGCUGCAGGCCAUGAACAAGGAGCUGCAGAAGCUACAUGCAGCGCAGAAAGAGCACGCGCGCAUGCUCAAGAACCAGUCCCAGUACGAGCGCCAGCUCAAGAAGCUGCAGCAGGAGGUGGCCGAGAUGAAGAAGACAAAGGUACGGCUGAUGAAGCAGAUGCGAGAGGAGCAGGAGAAGACCCGCGCGGUGGAGAUGAGGCGCAACAGGGAGAUCGCGCAGCUCAAGAAGGACCAGCGCAAGCAGGAGUAUCACAUCAAAUCUCUGGAGGCCCAGAAGCGACAGCAGGACCUCAUCCUGCGGAGGAAAACCGAGGAGGUGACGGCGUUACGGCGGAUCGCCAAGCCGGUGUCCGGCAAGGUGAGCCGGCGUCUUCACGUGCUGGGCGACUCCGGGGUGGACGUCUCGGCCACCACGGGCUCCUCCGACCAGGACGCCGCCGCCGCCGCCGCCGCCGCCACCGCGCCGUCGCGGGGCCGUGUGCUCAGCGCGCGGCAGCAAACGGCCAUCGCCAGCGCAGCCUCCGCCACGGCGAGCAGGAAGAAGCACUUGCGCAAGGGCGUGAGCAGUUACUCGUCACGCUCAGCGCGCGUCAAGUGGCAGGCUCUGGAGCGGCGCAUCACCGACGUCGUCAUGCGCAAGAUGACCAUCACCAACAUGGAGGCCGACAUGAACCGGCUGCUCAAGCAACGCGAGGAGCUGACGCGGCAGUGGGACCGGCUGAGCCGGCGACGCGAUCGGCUGCUCGAGGCCGGCCCCGAGGACGCGCAGAUGCUGGCGACGUUGGGCGAGGACCUGGAGAACCUGACGGCGAACAUCGACUACAUCAACGAGAGCAUCUCGGACUGCCAGGCCAACAUCAUGCAGAUGGAGGAGGCCAAGGAGGACGAGAGCGAGAACACGAACACGGUCGCCAUCAUCAGCUCGUGCUCGCUCACAGAGGCGCGGUACCUGCUGGAGCACUUCCUCUCCAUCACCAUCAGCAAGGGCUUGCUGGCGGCGCAGAACGAGUCUCAGGUGAAGGUGCUGGAAGGGAAGCUGAAGCAGACUGAGAUCAACAGCUUCACGCAGAGCCAGCUGCUCUUUCACAUGCUCAAGGAGAAGGCCGAGGUGAACCCCGAGCUGGAGGCGCUCCUGGGGAACGCGCUGCAAGGCUCCUGGAGCGCCAGCUUGCAGCGUGCAGUGCCGUGCGGUCCGAUUGAUGCGGAGGACAGCAGCGAGGACGAGUUGGUGCAUCCCACCGCGGGCAUGGCUGUACUGCAGGGCUUGGAGACGUCCAAAGGCAGCGCUCCGGGCGAGGGCAAACCCAGAGACAAGGCUCGGCGGCGGGCGGCCACGCAGAAGGACAUGCUGUACGCGGGCAGCGAGUGCCCGGCGCCGUCGCCCGCCCCGGACGCGGCGGUAGCGCCGGGAGGGACGGGCGUGGCGGCGGCGCGGACCGGCAGCGGCGGCGCCCUCGCGCUGCUUCUGCCCGUGGCGGAGCUGCAGGAGAACGGGGGCGAGCGGGAGCCGCGUGGCCCGCACGUGGCUAGCCCCUCCAACAACGUCAGCACCGCGUGGGAGCCCUCGUGCCAGUCCCCGCGACAGGGGAACGGCCACAGCAGAACGCCGUCGACCGGCUCGGAGAGGAGGAGCACCGAGCCGUCGCCGCUCCUCGGCAGGCGCAAGACGCUUGACAAGAACGCCGACCGAGCCAAGCGCGACCAGAAACAGUCUGACUCGGGAACGUCGGAGGCGAGCAUCACUCCGCCGCCGUCACCCCCGCCUCGUGCGCGCACCGACAAGAACGUCUUUUCACGGCUGACGAGCGCCCAGGCGCCGUCCUCGCCCGCGCACGACAAGUCAGAUGACAGUGACUCUUCCUACCCAGAGUUCCGCAGGGGCGUCAUCAACCCGUACAGCGGCGCCGGGCGUGGGAACCGCUCGCAAGCGCUGCAGUGCCUGCACGUGGCCGAGGGGCACACCAAGGCCGUGCUGUGCCUAGACGCUACCGACGACCUCCUCUUCACCGGCGCCAAGGACCGCACGUGCAAGGUGUGGAACCUGGUGACGGGUCAGGAGAUCAUGUCGCUGGGCGGCCACCCCAACAACGUGGUGUCCGUCAAGUACUGCGGCGACUCGGGCCUCGUGUUCACCGUCUCCAUGUCGUACAUCAAGGUGUGGGACAUCCGCGACUCGGCCAAGUGCGUCCGCACGCUCACGUCAUCGGGACAGGUCACCAUGGGAGACCAGUGCGCCAGUGUGUCGAAUCGCACGGUCACCUUCCCGGCCGGCGAGAGUCAGAUCAACCAGAUCAUGCUCAGCCACAAUGGCGCCUUCCUCUACGCCGCCGCGAGCAACUUUGUGCGCAUGUGGGACCUCAACCGGUUCCAGUCGACGGGGAAGCUGAGCGGGCACACAGGCCCCGUCAUGACCCUCACCGUGGACUAUAACGCCGACAGCACGAGCAAAGUGAUCACCGGCUCCAAGGACCACUACAUCCGGGUCUUCGAAGUGUCGGAGGGAGCGCUGGGCACGGUUGGGCCGACACGGAGCAUGGAGCCGCCGCACUACGACGGAAUCGAGUCACUCGCCGUCAUCGGGGACGUCCUCUUCAGCGGCUCCCGCGAUAACGGAAUCAAGAAGUGGGACCUCAACAAACAGGAGCUCCUGCAGCAAAUCCCGAACGCACACAAGGACUGGGUGUGCGCGCUGGGUGCGGUGCCGGGCCAGCCGGUGCUGCUGAGCGCCUGCCGUGCCGGCGUGCUCAAGCUGUGGAACGUGGAACCGUUCGCGCUGCGCGCCGAGCUGCGCGGCCACGACAGCCCCAUCAAUGCCAUCUGCACCAACUCCUCCUCCAUCUUCACCGCCUCCAAUGACCGCACGGUGCGGAUGUGGAGAGCUCGCGUGGCGCUGGACUCCCACAGCAACGAGGGCGCAGACGCGGCAGAGGAGGGCGGCGGCAGCUAGAACCCCGCACGCAUGCGUGUAUGCACAUACAUACGCAUGUGUACACAUGCACGUUUACAUGCAUACGCUCACACACAAGUGGCCCAAGGGCUGAAAAUGUCAAGCGACCAACAACAGAGCACUACGUGCACGCACGCACAGACUUGCGCACAUACAUACAAAGAUCCCCCAUAUAGCCUUAACUAUCUGUUGGGGAAAGUGCUUUUAGAGUACCUGUGAAGGCCGGCACAGCACGAGGGGGUGGGU